AUGAGUUUUCUUGUGAAAACGCUGCUGGGGGACAACGUGGUGCAUCCGGUGGCGCGCGGCGGCGCGGCGGCGCCGGCGCCGGCUCCCCAGCAGGACGAAGAGGCCGAUGAGGCAAAACAACGUGUCCCCACACGAACGCUCAUUCUUCGCGUUCAAUCCUGCACAGUCGCCCAGGACCGACGUGACGCGUUGGCGGAGCUGCGGGCGUCCCCCGACCUCCCUUACGUUAUGGCGGCCAAGGAGGUUUCCUACCUCUGCAACGUCCUGCGAAGCUUCCCUGAGGACAGCGAGGUGGUGGAGUCGUCCCUCGCCGUCCUCUCGGGCAUCACGGACCUCGCGAGUUACCCCGCCGUCUCCGCAAACUACGCCGUCUCUGAGAAGGAGAAGCGGCGUAUUCGCGAUUCCUUUCUCCACGAACUCGUUCCGGAGGUUCCGUUGUUUUUGAGCCACGUCAAGGCCGGGGUUUUUUGGACGCGCUUUCACGCCGUACAAAUGCUGCAGCGGCUGCAGGAAUACGACCCUUCCGCUGUGCACAAGCUGCUGCUUUCAUCACACGGCAUCGGCGUGCUCCUGGACAUUUUGAACGACAGCAACCAUGGUGGUGCCCUUCGAAAUGAGGGAUUGGUGCUCAUCACAUCCAUCACGGCAACAGACACCGAGCUGCAGACGCUGCUGGCCUUCGACAACGCGUUUGAGACGCUUUUUGUGGUCAUCAAGGAGGAAGGUGGGCUGGACGGGGGCGUGAUCGUCUCUGACUGCCUCACCAUUGCCCAUAACAUGUUGCGAGACAACAAGGCAACACAAAAGCUCUUCCGCGAGAUGGGGUGUGCGCGUCUGGUUUGUACAUUAUUGGAGGCUGUGCCUGACCGUGUGCGGGCUGCCCGACACCACACUGCCUCCCUCAAGAACCAGAGCGCUGACGCUGGAGAGAAUGUGGAAAAUAAUUUCACUCCGCUGAGUAGCACGCAGAACGAUGUGAUUUUUAAGGCGGUAUCCAUCCUUAGCUGUCUUCUGCGUGGGGCUGAAACCCACCAGGAGGGUCCUGCAGCCCAAGAGGCCCUUCUUCAGAGCGGCGCAUUGGGCCCAUUGUCGUCGGUGGCCCUAGGAGGUGUUCUUGUUGAUGAUGCAGCACGGGUGGAGGCCUUACGAACUUUGGCAGUUCUGCUUCGGGAUAGAAGGGUGGGUAUCGAAGAGUUUAUGCAGUUACAAGUUGUAACUUUGCUCUGCCGCGAACCCCCAUUGCGGGUAGAAGAAUGGCCAGCACUCCGCGCAAUUCUUCAUGUCUUAUUAGGAAUAGAAGAUAGGGUGAUGCAGUCUGCUGCUGCGCACGUACUUCAUGCCCUGCUAAGUGUUUCUUCCUCUGAAGGCGAGCUUGCGAGAAGGUUACUGAAGGGGUUUGCCCCUCCUUUGCCCUCAUCUGCACCACCGUCGGCCGCGGCCAGGGCCUUGAGGAAUGCCUUGCCGGCUGACUGUGGUGCAGCAAUGGCCAUUGCCAUUUUUGGUUCUAUUCCAUGUAGUAGAAGUAGCCAAAAAUAUUAUUCUGCCUUGUUGUUGGACCGUCUUUUGGGUGUGCCUGGCUCUGUUGAGAAGCUCUUGGCAAUGGGACAACGCGAGGCGGUGACUUCGUCGCAGAUGCAGCAUUCUGCUGCAUCUUCAGCAACGAAUAGUGUUUUCCUCGCGUACGCGCAAUACGUCAUUAACUGCCUUCGUGGUCAUGGCGAGAUGGACCUCAACACCCUCAGUGCCUGCUUUAGGGCGCUGUUGCGGUGGGUACUUGGCUGCGAACAGGCGGCUCGGUUACUCGUGGGCGACGGGACGUACUACAAGUCACUCCUGCAGCGAGCAGGGCAAGAAGAUGGUCCGGUGCAUGUGCGUUUCUGGUCUGCGGCUCUCUGUGCCGCGGUGUGCCUCGCUGCCCCGAGGGACGCGCCGGACGCAGUCCAAGACCACCCAAGCGAUGCAAAUAGACUGCGAAUGGGCGGGAGCGGAGUUGGUGCGGAGAGCCUCCCGCCCUCGUCUUUGCUGGACAGGCGGCACUUGCUGGAGCUCUUCUUCAACCACCUGGGGGGCCCAGCUGUCUUUGACAGUUUCCUCUUCGACGUGAAGGCCUCCAGCCCAAUGUGGGCGGAGCCGCCAAAAGAUGCCUUUCUGCGUCCAACCCCCGCUUUGUACGACGAAAAGAUGAAAAACACGCUCCUGGGCGUCGUCAAGCAGUUCAACGACAUUUGCCCGUUGCGUGGCAGGGUGCAGCCCGGGCCGUUGCAGGAGGGCACACUGUCGGCGGCCACAAACACCGCCACGGCCGUCUUCAAUCCCGCUUUGGGCGACGUAGACAUCUUUUCAGAGGGACCGUCGCCGUCCACGGUGGAUCCGAGUGCCGCGUUUGGGGCGGCGGCGGCGGCGGCGGCAACCCCGGGGCAGCAGCAGCUACUGCAGGUGGGGGCCCCAGGCAGCGCCGUGGAGGAGGUUCGCAUCAGCCUGCAAAACGCAUACGAGUCCAGGGUGAAGGAGCUGGUCGAGGCAAACGACGCGUUGCAGCGGGAACUCCAACUUGUGCGGGAACAGCUGCACGCAGACGCUGACGCACAGGCUUUGGGAAGGGAACGUGAAAGUCGGCAUUUGGAGGAGGUGGCGAGUUUGCGGGAAAACAUUAGACUCCUGGAGGAGGCGCUUAGUGCCGAGGAGGAGGAACACCGGCUCCUGGCGCAGUCGCUGAACAUGCUGGAGGAGCAGCUGCGGGAGGCCCGUGCGAAUCCGACGAGCACCACCGAGGUUUUCGAGCUUCGCCGUGAGGUUCAAAAGUUGACGGAAGAGCGGGACCGCCUGCUCGUCCUCGUCGCCGAGCUGGAUGAGGAGAAAACCCCUGCGACGACGUAUCCAGGGCGUAGAACGACCUACCCGUCGCCGUCGCCGCCCCCGCUGCCCCCGCCAUCCGCCCCGCCCUCGCUUUUUUCGGCGAAGCGGGCGCUGCAGCCGUUCGGUGAGGGUGAGGGUGCGUUCGCAUUGCCCGCAACACCACACUGCGUGGGAGUCGCGGAGGGGACGCGACUGACGCCAGAGGCAUGCCCGCAGAGUUCUUCCCAAACGACGGGCCCAAAUGGGUUUCAAGCGUCAUCAUCUUCCUUGCAACCCUCACAGCAACAACAAGAGCAGGAGCCGCAGCCGCGGCGGCGUGAAUCUCAGCCGGUUGCAGAGCCGUUUGGGCGAAGUAUGGAAACCGUGAAUGGGAUGCAUGCGUCCGCCGCGGCAGUGCCAGCCGCGGAAAGAAAUUUGUUUCCUGCUGACUCCUCUGAAGAGUGCGUGCGUGGAAACGACGUCGGGGCGCGGCGAACAGAAGCAGCACCCGUCGCAGGGGCUGCACGAACUGCUGCCCCGCUGAACUUUAACCCCUUCGCAAAUAUGGCAGGCGCUCACAACGAUCCUGCGGGGGACCCGUGGUAG